UGGGCGGCGCCGCUCCGGGCCACCUCGCCACCGCGAGUAGGAAGCGCGAGCGCCGGGCGCCGGGGCUGUCAGUGAGCUCCGGGCCAGCGAGUGUGCGAGCGAGCGAGCGAGCGAGCCAGCGGCUCCGGUUCCGCUCAGCGCAGCGCCGCGCCGCGCCGGCUCCACUCUCCGCGCAGCCGCCUCAGCCCCCUGCCCGGGGUCGCCCGGCCCCGUUCCUCCGCCGGCCGGCUCGCCCGCCCACCCCGGCCCUCGCCGGCUGCUGCUCCCCGGCGGAGGCAAGAGGUGGUUGGGGGGGACCAUGGCUGACGUUUUCCCGGCCAACGAUUCCACGGCGUCUCAGGACGUGGCCAACCGCUUCGCCCGCAAAGGGGCGCUGAGGCAGAAGAACGUGCACGAGGUGAAGGACCACAAAUUCAUCGCCCGCUUCUUCAAGCAGCCCACCUUCUGCAGCCACUGCACCGACUUCAUCUGGGGGUUUGGAAAGCAAGGCUUUCAGUGCCAAGUUUGCUGUUUUGUGGUUCACAAGAGGUGCCAUGAAUUUGUUACUUUUUCUUGUCCGGGUGCGGAUAAGGGACCUGACACUGAUGAUCCCAGGAGCAAGCACAAAUUCAAAAUACAUACCUACGGGAGCCCCACCUUCUGCGAUCACUGUGGGUCAUUGCUAUAUGGACUCAUCCACCAGGGGAUGAAAUGUGACACCUGUGACAUGAAUGUUCACAAGCAGUGUGUGAUCAAUGUCCCCAGCCUCUGUGGAAUGGAUCAUACCGAGAAGAGAGGGCGGAUUUACCUGAAGGCUGAGGUCACCGAUGAGAAGCUCCAUGUCACAGUUCGAGACGCAAAAAACCUGAUUCCCAUGGAUCCAAACGGACUCUCAGAUCCUUACGUGAAGCUGAAACUCAUUCCUGAUCCCAAGAAUGAAAGCAAACAGAAAACCAAAACCAUCCGCUCCACACUAAACCCCCAGUGGAAUGAAUCCUUUACGUUCAAAUUGAAACCCUCCGACAAAGACCGACGACUAUCUGUAGAGAUCUGGGACUGGGAUCGAACCACGAGGAAUGACUUCAUGGGAUCGCUUUCCUUUGGUGUUUCAGAGCUAAUGAAGAUGCCGGCCAGCGGAUGGUACAAGUUGCUGAACCAAGAAGAAGGGGAAUACUACAAUGUGCCCAUCCCAGAGGGCGACGAAGAUGGAAAUGCAGAACUCAGGCAGAAAUUCGAGAAAGCCAAGCUGGGGCCCGCUGGCAACAAGGUGAUCAGUUCCUCCGAAGACCGGAAGCCUUCCAACAACCUGGACAGAGUGAAGCUGACCGACUUCAACUUCCUCAUGGUGCUGGGAAAAGGGAGUUUCGGGAAGGUGAUGCUGGCAGACCGAAAGGGAACGGAAGAGCUGUACGCCAUCAAAAUCCUGAAGAAGGACGUGGUGAUUCAGGACGAUGAUGUGGAGUGCACCAUGGUGGAAAAGCGGGUCCUGGCCCUGCUGGACAAGCCACCCUUCCUGACGCAGCUGCACUCCUGCUUCCAGACAGUGGAUCGGCUGUACUUCGUCAUGGAAUACGUCAACGGCGGAGACCUCAUGUACCACAUCCAACAAGUGGGGAAGUUUAAGGAGCCACAGGCAGUGUUCUAUGCGGCCGAGAUUUCCAUCGGAUUGUUCUUCCUUCAUAAAAGAGGCAUCAUCUAUAGGGAUCUGAAACUCGACAAUGUCAUGCUGGAUUCAGAAGGACACAUCAAAAUUGCCGACUUUGGGAUGUGCAAGGAGCACAUGAUGGAUGGGGUCACGACCAGGACCUUCUGUGGGACUCCAGAUUACAUCGCCCCAGAGAUCAUUGCUUAUCAGCCUUAUGGAAAAUCCGUGGAUUGGUGGGCCUACGGCGUCCUGCUGUAUGAGAUGCUAGCUGGACAGCCUCCAUUUGAUGGUGAAGAUGAAGAUGAACUGUUCCAGUCCAUCAUGGAACACAACGUUUCCUACCCCAAAUCUUUAUCCAAGGAAGCUGUCUCCAUCUGCAAGGGACUGAUGACCAAACACCCAGCCAAGCGGCUGGGCUGCGGGCCUGAGGGCGAGCGGGACGUGAGGGAGCAUGCCUUCUUCCGGAGGAUUGACUGGGAGAAACUGGAGAACAGGGAGAUCCAACCGCCGUUCAAGCCCAAAGUGUGUGGCAAAGGAGCUGAGAAUUUCGACAAGUUCUUCACCAGAGGACAGCCCGUCCUCACGCCGCCGGAUCAGCUGGUCAUCGCGAACAUAGACCAGUCUGAUUUUGAAGGGUUUUCAUAUGUCAACCCCCAGUUUGUGCAUCCCAUCCUACAGAGCUCAGUAUGAGAAUCGCCGGCAAGAACCAUCACCUCCCCACGUCCCCAGCACCCCCAGCAGCAGGAAGUGAUCCUUAACCCUAAAAUUUUAAGGCCAUGGCCUUAUGUCUUUGUUCCACAUGGAGGCCUGAAAAUUGUAGGGUUAUUAGUCCCAACAUGAUCAUCUAUCCAGGGUCUCACUGUUAAAACCAAGAACGUUAUCUUAGCAGAAGACAAAAUUGGUGUAGAGUGGCCAGUUUGAUCAUGUAGAUGUUGCACCUUCCGUAGGCUGACCCUUCCCAGGCAAAAAGCAGACUUUUACCCUCCCCCGUUUUGGGGUACGAUUUGAUAUAUUUUCCAUAUCCUUUGGCUGGAUGUCACCAUCAGGAUCCCCCAAGCAGAGAUGUGAAAAUGGACCUGCCCCGCCUAGGGGACUGGAAGCAUGUCUCCAGAAUGAAGGAAUGGGGAGCUCGGAGAGGGAGUCAGGAGGGGUCAGGACUGGGGCAGCUUUCAGGAUCCUCCCACCUGCCGUGUUCUCUGCCUCCACGGAGACAGACCCUCGGGUCAAUCAGAGAGGCCGGGAUGAACUAACCCCCAUCCCCCAACGCUGACACGGCAUAUCCCAACCCUAGCCCAAUGGACAACAGCUUCAAGAAGGAAGACCAUCUCCAAGGAGCGCUGGUGACUCUGUUACCUGGCCCCCUACUUGGUGGGUAACUGUCUUGAUACUUGCAAAAUUUUUUAAGAGGCCAAACCGUGAAGGACUUUGCUAAGCAAGCACAUGGAAUCAUUUCAGAUGACACAAGAGCAGUGUGUAUGGGUGUUCCUAAUCUCUGGGAGCUGGCUCCUCCAUCCAGGGUGCCAUCAGAAACCAUGCCACUACUCGCGCAUCUUGUUAGCCAACCCCCUCCUUUCCCCCGACCCCCUUGCCACCUAUGUCAUCCCCCUCCCUGAAAAUCUGAAGUGUGUGCCCCUCCCCUUUUGUACUUAUUUAUUUAUUAGGCUGCAGUAACAUUUAGAAAAGUACGCUGUACAGGAACCUAAGCUGGUGACUCCAGCAUCAGUCCCCUCUGGCUAAACUCCCCUUCCCUCCACUAGGUCCCGACGUCCACUUGGGGGUGGAAAGCAGUGUGGGUUGGGUCCCCAUUUCCAGUUCCCAUUGGAUGACACUCCUGGAGCUAUAGAAUCAGGACACAGGAUGCUCUAUGAGUAGAAGGAUUUUCAUACGUUUUGCAGAUGCAUCAUGCAAUGAAUUUUGCAUGUUUCUAAUAAACCUUAAUAACAAGUGAAAUCUAUAUUGCUGACAUAACCAUA